GCCUGACCAGCAGUCGGCUUUCAGAAAGAUACAGCGUAGUGUACUACAGAUGGAAAAGACAAGUUUUUUUUUAGCUCAGUUUUUUUUUAAUCAUUCAGUCUCUAAAAUAAUGCCCAUAAUUUUCUUUGAGUUAAGAGCUGUAUAUAGAUGGAGUCUCAGAGUAGGUCUAUUUUAAAUUUUCCCCCAGACUUCCGUGAUUGGCUUUCUGUGGGAUUGUGAUGUGGUGUGACACGAUCUUUAAAUUAUGUGCCUGCUGUCUUGCAGUGUCACGGACGCCUUCAAUAGAGGGUUUUUUUUUUUGCCAUUCCCAGCAAAGUCCCAUUUUGAGAAAUGUCACACCCAGGCGUAAUUAUUGAUGGAAGUUAAUUACAGGUUUGAUCCCACGUUGGUGUUCCCAAGAUGUGUUUCCGUCACAGGGCACGGUUUGUCCCGGAGAGUCGGCUCUCACGGGUACCAAUCCAAGAAAGGAAGUCAUGUGACUUGACCGUUACAGAGCUGUUCAUUUGAAGGAGGUCAGACAGUAAACCUGUGUACCAGAGCUUGUUCCUUAAUAAUAAUGUCCUCUAUUAUGAAACAAUUAGCUAAUGAUCAGAUAUCAGUUACUUCCAAACGACUUCCAUCUAUUCAGAUUAGCCCACAGUUAAGCAGUUUGGAAAUAAAAUACUUGUGGUUUGAGUACAAGGAGGAUUUUUCUUUACCCUGAUGAGUAAGUAACAUAAAAAACCAGGUGGUAUGCUUUGUGUGUGAGUUCCAACCCUUUCCAAAGUGUUACUAAUGGUAAAGAGAUAAUUUUCUAGGCUUCUUUUCUGCCGGUUGAAGCCUGACUGCAGAAGGACCCUGGCACAGAAAGUGGGGUAAAACGCCGGACCCAAAGCUGCAGGUCAGGACGUACAUCGAUGUCAUGAGGGAGCAGCACCUCACUAAAGAGGAGAAAGAGAUCCGGCAGCAGCUGGCAGAGAAGGCCAAGGCGGGAGACCUGAAGGCCGUGAACGGUGCCGCUGCCUCCCAGGCCGCCGCCGCCGCCGCCAAACGCAAGCGCCGCUGGGACCAGACCGCCGACCAAACCCCCUCCAGCGCCACACCCAAGAAGGUCUCCAGCUGGGACCAGGCUGACGCCACAGCAGAGACUCCAGGACACACCCCUGGCCACACCCCUUCCAACAGCCGCUGGGACGAGACCCCUGGCAGGGCCAAGGGCAGCGAGACGCCCGGUGCCACGCCCAGCACACGCAUGUGGGAGCCCACGCCCAGCCACACGCCCGCCGGAGCCGCUACACCAGGGCGCGGGGACACACCCGGACAUGCGACACCAGGCCACGGGGGAGCCACCUCCAGCGUGCGCAAGAACCGCUGGGACGAAACACCAAAGACAGAGCGAGAGACCCCGGGCCACGGCAGCGGCUGGGCCGAGACCCCCCGCACAGACCGAGGGGAUGAAUCUGUUGGGGAGACCCCCACCCCUGGCGCCAGCAAGAGGAAGUCCCGCUGGGACGAGACCCCCGCCAGCCAGAUGGGCUCCUCCACCCCCCUGCUCACCCCCGGAAAGACCCCCAUCGGAACUCCAGCCAUGAACAUGGCCACACCCACCCCAGGCCACCUGAUGAGCAUGACCCCUGAGCAGUUGCAGGCCUGGCGUUGGGAGAGGGAGAUCGACGAGAGGAACAGGCCGCUGACUGAUGAGGAGCUUGACGCCAUGUUCCCUGAAGGCUACAAGGUGCUGCCCCCUCCUGCUGGCUAUGUCCCGAUCCGCACCCCGGCCCGCAAGCUGACUGCCACCCCGACCCCUAUCGGAGGCAUGACUGGCUUCCACAUGCAGACUGAGGAUCGCACCAUGAAGACUGUCAAUGACCAGCCCUCUGGAAACCUGCCCUUCCUGAAGCCUGAUGACAUCCAGUACUUUGACAAACUGCUGGUGGAGGUGGACGAGUCUACUCUGAGCCCAGAGGAGCAGAAGGAGCGCAAGAUCAUGAAACUUCUCCUGAAGAUCAAGAACGGCACACCCCCCAUGAGGAAGGCUGCACUCCGCCAGAUCACUGACAAGGCCAGGGAGUUUGGGGCGGGGCCCCUCUUCAACCAAAUCCUGCCCCUGCUCAUGUCGCCAACCCUGGAGGACCAGGAGCGCCAUCUUCUGGUCAAGGUUAUUGACCGCAUCCUGUACAAGCUGGAUGAUCUGGUCCGGCCCUAUGUACACAAGAUCCUGGUGGUGAUUGAGCCCCUGCUGAUUGAUGAGGACUACUAUGCCAGAGUGGAGGGCAGAGAGAUCAUCUCCAACUUGGCCAAGGCGGCCGGCCUGGCCACCAUGAUCUCCACCAUGAGGCCUGACAUUGACAACAUGGACGAGUACGUGAGAAACACCACGGCUCGCGCCUUCGCCGUGGUGGCGUCGGCCCUGGGCAUCCCCUCCCUGCUGCCCUUCCUCAAGGCCGUGUGCAAGAGCAAGAAGUCGUGGCAGGCCCGCCACACAGGAAUCAAGAUCGUGCAGCAGAUCGCCAUCCUCAUGGGCUGCGCCAUCCUGCCCCACCUGCGCAGCUUGGUGGAGAUCAUUGAGCACGGUCUGGUGGAUGAGCAGCAGAAAGUGCGAACCAUCAGUGCCCUGGCUAUAGCUGCUCUUGCUGAGGCUGCUACUCCCUAUGGCAUUGAGUCCUUCGACUCUGUGCUCAAGCCUCUGUGGAAGGGUAUCCGGCAGCACAGGGGCAAGGGUCUGGCUGCCUUCCUGAAAGCCAUCGGUUAUCUGAUCCCCCUGAUGGACGCCGAGUACGCCAACUACUACACCAGAGAGGUGAUGCUGAUCCUCAUCCGAGAGUUCCAGUCUCCCGAUGAGGAGAUGAAGAAGAUCGUGCUCAAGGUGGUAAAGCAGUGCUGUGGCACAGAUGGUGUCGAGGCCAACUACAUCAAGACCGAAAUCCUGCCCCCCUUCUUCAAGCACUUCUGGCAGCACAGGAUGGCUCUGGACCGGCGCAACUACAGACAGCUGGUGGACACCACAGUGGAGCUGGCUAACAAGGUGGGCGCAGCUGAGAUCAUCUCCCGCAUUGUGGACGACCUGAAGGACGAGGCUGAGCAGUACAGGAAGAUGGUGAUGGAGACCAUCGAGAAGAUCAUGGGCAACCUGGGGGCUGCAGACAUCGACCACAAGCUGGAGGAGCAGCUUAUCGACGGCAUCCUCUACGCUUUCCAGGAACAGACCACAGAGGAUUCGGUGAUGUUGAAUGGGUUCGGCACGGUGGUCAAUGCCCUCGGCAAGCGAGUGAAGCCCUACCUGCCUCAGAUCUGUGGUACAGUCCUUUGGCGUCUGAACAACAAGUCCGCCAAGGUGCGGCAGCAGGCGGCCGACCUCAUCUCGCGCACAGCUGUGGUCAUGAAGACCUGCCAAGAGGAGAAACUGAUGGGCCACUUGGGAGUGGUGUUGUACGAGUACCUGGGAGAAGAGUACCCAGAAGUGCUGGGGAGCAUCCUGGGUGCUCUGAAGGCCAUCGUCAAUGUCAUCGGCAUGCACAAGAUGACACCACCCAUCAAAGACCUGCUGCCGCGUCUCACCCCUAUCCUGAAGAACAGGCAUGAGAAGGUGCAGGAGAACUGCAUUGAUCUGGUGGGCAGGAUCGCUGACAGGGGUGCAGAGUAUGUGUCAGCCAGGGAGUGGAUGAGGAUCUGCUUUGAGCUGCUGGAGCUGCUGAAGGCUCACAAGAAGGCCAUCCGCCGAGCCACCGUCAACACCUUCGGCUACAUCGCCAAGGCCAUCGGGCCCCACGACGUGCUGGCCACGCUGCUCAACAACCUGAAGGUGCAGGAGCGGCAAAACCGCGUGUGCACGACGGUGGCCAUCGCCAUCGUGGCGGAGACGUGCUCACCCUUCACGGUGCUGCCUGCGCUGAUGAACGAGUACCGCGUCCCCGAGCUCAACGUGCAGAACGGCGUGCUCAAGUCCCUCUCCUUCCUGUUCGAGUACAUCGGCGAGAUGGGCAAGGACUACAUCUACGCCGUCACCCCGCUGCUGGAGGACGCCCUCAUGGACAGAGACCUGGUCCACCGGCAGACGGCCAGCGCGGUGGUGCAGCACAUGUCCCUGGGUGUGUACGGCUUCGGCUGUGAGGACUCCCUCAACCACCUGCUCAACUACGUGUGGCCCAACGUGUUCGAGACCUCGCCCCACGUCAUCCAGGCUGUGAUGGGGGCGCUGGAGGGUCUGCGCGUGGCCAUCGGCCCCUGCCGCAUGCUGCAGUACUGCCUGCAGGGUCUGUUCCACCCAGCGCGGAAGGUACGGGACGUCUACUGGAAGAUCUACAAUUCCAUCUACAUCGGCUCCCAGGAUGCUUUGAUCGCCCACUACCCCCACGUCUACAACGACGAGAAGAACUCCUACAUCCGCUACGAGCUGGAGUAUUUUCUGUGAAUACAGCCCCCAUUUUCCCCCCCACCCCACCCAUUGCACACUCUCACUCGCCUCUAUAACUGUUCUCUGCCUCUGUCAGCUCCGCCCCCUCCCUGUCCCAUCUCCUUUGGUAUACAGGACAUUGUUUUUUUUUAUUAUUAUUAUUAUUUAGUUCUGUGUCUGAUAGUGGGUGCCAGUCAGCCACCAUGGCACCAAAAAAAUCGUUUUUAAUAAAAGGAAUGAAAAAGUGGAAAAAAAAAAAA